GUCGGUGGCGGCCGCUACGGUGCUGACAAGAUGGCGGCUGGCGGGGCUGUCGCUGCGGCGCCUGAGUGCCGGCUUCUGCCCUAUGCGCUACACAAGUGGAGCUCCUUCUCCUCCACCUACCUUCCCGAGAACAUUUUAGUGGAUAAACCAAAUGACCAGUCUUCAAGGUGGUCUUCAGAGAGCAACUACCCUCCCCAGUACUUGAUUCUGAAGCUUGAAAGGCCUGCUAUAGUCCAGAAUAUCACAUUUGGAAAAUACGAGAAAACUCAUGUCUGCAAUUUGAAGAAAUUUAAAGUCUUUGGUGGAAUGAAUGAAGAAAACAUGACAGAGCUAUUGUCCAGUGGCUUAAAGAAUGAUUAUAACAAAGAAACAUUUACCUUGAAGCAUAAAAUUGAUGAACAGAUGUUUCCUUGUCGAUUCAUUAAAAUAGUUCCACUCUUAUCGUGGGGACCCAGCUUUAACUUUAGCAUCUGGUAUGUUGAACUUAGUGGCAUUGAUGAUCCUGAUGUAGUACAACCCUGUCUCAACUGGUAUAGUAAGUACCGCGAACAGGAAGCUAUUCGCCUUUGUCUAAAACACUUCAGGCAACAUAACUAUACAGAGGCCUUUGAAUCGCUGCAAAAGAAAACCAAGAUUGCCCUGGAACAUCCCAUGUUAACAGAUCUGCAUGAUAAAUUGGUAUUGAAGGGUGAUUUUGAUGCUUGUGAAGAAUUGAUUGAAAAAGCUGUAAAUGAUGGCUUGUUCAAUCAAUAUAUCAGUCAACAGGAAUAUAAACCACGAUGGAGUCAAAUCAUUCCCAAAAGCACCAAAGGUGAUGGAGAAGAUAACCGACCAGGAAUGAGAGGAGGCCAUCAGAUGGUUAUUGAUGUUCAAACAGAGACUGUUUAUUUGUUUGGUGGCUGGGAUGGAACACAAGAUCUUGCUGACUUCUGGGCAUACAGUGUGAAAGAGAACCAAUGGACAUGUAUCUCUAGAGACACUGAGAAAGAGAAUGGUCCUAGUGCUAGAUCAUGUCAUAAAAUGUGCAUUGACAUUCAACGAAGGCAAAUCUACACACUGGGGCGUUAUUUGGAUUCCUCUGUGAGGAACAGCAAAUCUCUGAAAAGUGAUUUCUAUCGUUAUGACAUUGACACAAACACAUGGAUGUUACUCAGUGAGGAUACUGCUGCUGAUGGAGGACCGAAACUGGUGUUUGAUCAUCAGAUGUGUAUGGACUCGGAAAAACAUAUGAUCUAUACCUUUGGUGGUAGAAUUUUGACAUGUAAUGGCAGUGUAGAUGACAGCAGAGCCAGUGAGCCACAAUUCAGUGGAUUGUUUGCUUUCAACUGUCAAUGUCAAACUUGGAAACUUCUUCGAGAGGACUCCUGUAAUGCUGGGCCUGAGGACAUCCAGUCUCGGAUAGGACACUGCAUGCUGUUCCACUCAAAAAAUCGUUGCUUAUAUGUAUUUGGUGGCCAGCGAUCGAAGACCUAUUUGAAUGAUUUCUUUAGUUACGAUGUGGAUUCUGAUCAUGUAGACAUAAUAUCAGAUGGUACCAAGAAAGACUCUGGAAUGGUUCCAAUGACAGGAUUCACACAGAGAGCAACUAUUGAUCCAGAACUGAAUGAAAUACAUGUCUUAUCUGGACUCAGCAAAGACAAGGAAAAGAGGGAAGAGAAUGUCAGAAAUUCAUUCUGGAUUUAUGACAUUGUAAGGAAUAGUUGGUCUUGCGUGUAUAAGAAUGAUCAAGCUGCAAAGGAUAAUCCGAGUAAAAGUCUUCAGGAGGAAGAACCAUGUCCAAGAUUUGCCCAUCAGCUUGUAUAUGAUGAGUUACACAAGGUUCAUUACUUAUUUGGUGGGAAUCCAGGAAAAUCUUGCUCCCCAAAGAUGAGAUUAGAUGACUUCUGGUCACUGAAAUUGUGUAGGCCUUCAAAAGAUUACUUGCUGAGGCAUUGCAAGUACCUCAUAAGAAAACACAGGUUUGAAGAAAAGGCCCAAAUGGAUCCCCUUAGUGCUCUGAAAUAUUUACAAAAUGAUCUUUAUAUAACUGUGGAUCAUUCGGACCCAGAAGAGACAAAAGAGUUUCAGCUCCUAGCUUCAGCUCUAUUUAAAUCUGGUUCAGAUUUCACAGCUCUAGGCAACUUCAUAAUUCCAUCAUCCCAAAACUUUUUAUCUUUUUGAGCAAAGAGUUGUUCCAGGUGCCUUUUACAGUCUUCCAGGGAAUUGAAAUUUUUUCCAUUAAGAAAAUUUUGUAAAGACCGAAAUAAAUGGAAAUCCAAAGGUGCAAUGUCUGGUGAAUACAGCAGAUGAAUCAGAACUUCCCAGCCAAACUGUAACAGUUUUUGCCUGGUCCUCAAAGAAACAUGUGGUCUUGUGUUAUCCUAAUGGAAAAUUAUGCGUUUUCUGUUGACUAAUUCCAGACACUUUUUGUCAAGUGCAUCAGGGGCGGUUCUUGUUGGAAUUAAUCAUUUGGUUUUCUGGAAGGAGCUCAUAAUAGAGGACUCCCUUCCAGUCCCACCAUAUGCACAACAUUCCCUUCUUUGGAUGAAGAUGAAGACCGUCCUUUGGUGUGGUUGGUAGUGGUUCAUUUCUCUUGCCGCAUGAUCUCUUCUGUUCUACAUUAUUGUACAAUAUCCACUUUUCAUCACUCAUCACAAUUUGUUUUAAAAACGAAACGUUGGGGCUUCCCUGGUGGCGCAGUGGUUAAGAAUCUGCCUGCCAAUGCACGGGACAUGGGUUUGAUCCCUGCUCCAGGAAGAUCCCACGUGCUGCGGAGCAACUAAGCCUGUGUGCCACAAGUAUUGAGCCCAUGUGCCACAACUGCUGGAGCCCACGCACCUAGGGCCUGUGCUCCGCAACAAGAGAAGCCACCACAAUGAGAAGCCCAUGCACCACAAUGAAGAGUAGCCCCGACUCGCUGCAACUAGAGAAAGCGUGCACGCAGCAACGAAGACCCAACGCAGCCAAUUAAUUAAUUAAAAAAAAAGAAUCUGCCUGUCCAUCCAGGGAACACAGGUUCGAUCGCUGGUCUGGGAAGAUCCCACAUGCUGCAGAGCAACUGAGCCUGCAAGCCACAACUACUGAAACCUGCGUGCCUAGAGCCUAUGCUCCACAAGAGAAGCCACUGCAAUACAAAGCCCGCAUACCUCAACAAAGACCCAAUGCAGCCAAAAAUAAAAUAAACAAAAUUUUUAAAAAGAUGUUAAAAAAAUAAAAUAAAAAUAAAAACGAAAUAUUUUCAUUAUGUUUCAGUAGAGAAUUGCCUGCAGAAAUAUGGUCAAGAAAGGUUUUUUCAUUUAACUUAUGUGGAACCCAAACAUCAAAGCAAUGGAAAUAACCAAGCUGGUGCAAAUGAUUUUCAGCGCUUGAUUUGGAUGUUUUGAGUAUGUGGGCUAUCUCCCUCGUGAUAUAACACUGUUUGUUCUCAAUUAAUGUCUUGAUUUGAUCGCUGUCAACUUCAACUGAUCUACCCCAACCAUGGAGCAUUGUCCAGCGAGAAAUCUCCAGCACGAAGUUUGCAAACCACUUUUGACACAUUUGAUCAGUCACAGCACCUUCUCCAUACACUGCACAAAUCUUUUUUUUUUUUUGCGUUUCAGUUGCAUUUUUACUUUUCUUGAAAUAAUAUGUUGCUUUUUCCCCCUUCCGUCUUCAGUAUUAAAAUGGCUACACAAAAAUUCACCAAUUUUGAUAAGGUUUUUUUAAAUGCAUGCUGGUAUGACAGCUGUUACAAUAAAAUCUAACAAAAUUGUUUUGAAUGAAGUUAAAGACAACUAAGCACUCCUAGAGCCAUCUUAUGGAAAAAACCGAACGAACUCUUUGGCCAACCCAAUAUAAUGUACCACAGCAUUUUUACAAAUAAAAUAAAACAAGAGCCCUAAAGUUGAAUACAAACAGAAACAAUAAAACAUGUUUAUCAAAUUGGUAACAUAAUCACACAGUAAGGGAAAAAAGAGAAACCUUUUAAAGUAUAGCUUAGACUAUAUACCCUUGGUGAAGUAUAUUCUAAAGAUGAUAAAAGCAAGAAAAUCUUGACUUUUGCUGGUAAUGGUUUGGGUAUAGUAAUUCUGGAACCUGUUUUGUGUAGAUUUUAGGUUAAAUAAAUGAAUAAAUAUGAUGAUAUUGCUGGGAGUCAGUUUUCCUAGUAGGAGAAAGGAGAUAUAAAUAUGGAAUGGAAUAAGGAGAGAAAGAACCCUGUGAGGUUCUUAAAAAAUUGAAUUAGCAAUAAAAGCAUGGACUAAUGAUUUUAUUGUAUUUUUUAAAGAGAUGUGUAUGUAAUAUGUGUGCUUAUAUGUAUAGGCCUAGAAACAACACCACCCUUGACAAUUAGCACAACUGGUCUUGGUUUCUAAAUGUCUUUUGCCACUAAAAGGAAUUAGGGUUCCUGUGGAAAAUGGCAGACUCCAGAGCUGUGUAAAGAUAAGCUAGGAGAUCUUACUGUGCCAGAAAGUAAGGAGGUACUCAAAAAGUAAUGCGGACAUUUCAAAAAGAUAUAGAGGCCAGCUCAAAAGAGCCCUCACUGGCCAAAUCUAAGAGAACAUAUGAGUAUUAAAAUGGAUAAUGACAGGAAUGGAUAUAACCUAUUGAACAAGAAAAGGACUCAUGAGUACAUACUAAUGCAGAGAAAUAAAAUGAAGGAAGGAAAAGGAAAACUCUUCUUUACAAUUAAUGUCAUCCAUUGAAUCUAGAAGGAAUUGUAGAGUUAGAAAAUCAUCAUCAUAUACAUAAUAAUUGUUUUAGCAAGAAUUAUCAGUUAAUGCUAAAAUCAUUGGGUUCAAAUCUCCUCAAGAACAGAAUAUUUACAGUUUCAAACUAUCUUCUCAUCAAUAUUUUGUUAACUGCAAAGAUAGAAAAGUACACAUUUACAUUGGAGAAAUCUGGCAUACACCAGUUUAACCAAAUGAUCAAAGUUAACAUCCUCAGUAUUGGGACAGACUGAUACCACAUGCCUCCUUAGAUGAUGCAUUGAGAAGGACACAGCAUCACUAUUCUUGGUAGUUAGUAGUCUUGCCAACUGCAUAAACUGAAUCUGAUCAUAAGGAAGCAAUCAGACACCCCAAAUUUAACACAUUCUAGUACAUAACUACUCUUUGGGUUUUGUUUUUUUUUAAUAACAGUGUUAUAAAGAAAACAAACAAAAGAACUGAAGAGAGGCUGAGGAACUAUUCCAGGCUGAAGAGACUUGGAAACUAAAUACAGUGUUUGAUCUUGAAUUGAAUUUUAGAUUAGUGGGGAAAAUGACUAUAAAAAAGAUUUGGGGGACAUAAAUGUUAAAUUUCCUAAAUUUAAUACAUAGUAGUUAUUUAAGUGAAUGUUCUUGUUCUUAGGUGAAAUGAACUCAAGUAUUUAGGGGUGAAGAUGUCUACAAUUUACUCCCAAAUAGUUCCACAAAAAAAAGUUUGAGUGGGGUAUACAAACAGACAGAGAGAGCAAGAGAGAAUGAGAACAUAUGUGAUAAAAUGUUAACAAUUGAUUAAUCUAGGUAAGGAUAUAUGUAUAUGAAUGUUUGUUGUACUAUUCUUGAAACUUUUUCUGUGAGUUUGAAGUUUUUCAAAAUAAGUCAAAAAUAAAGCAAUUUAGAAAACUCAGAAAAGUGUAAAAUAGAAAUAAAGAAUAUAAUCUCACCAUUCAGAGAUAACCUUUGUUUACAUUUUGGAGUAUUUCCUUCCAUUCAUUUCUAUGAUAUGGUAGAAGGCUUUGUUAAAUCUUCAGCUCAUCUCAAAGAAGUAAACA